GGUCUCACUCACAAAGCGUCGCGCACAGUUGCCGGAGGCGUUUUAUGAUCGAGGUCGUUACUGCUGUACGAGCGCAGCGCACUGAAGUUAGCACCGGUCUAAUGGGGAUGCUUUUCUUGGACUCCAGGGACGAAUUUCGAUAGCUUGACAUCACAGUUUCGUUCAAUUUCAGAUCUCGAAGAACUUUCCACAGCGAUCCACAAGUAACUCGCCAUCAUGGGUGAUGUUAUUUCUACCAACUUGGACGAGGGCAAGCGCGAGAUGAUCACAGCCCGCACCAGAGCCAUCAUGAAGGAGUUUGGCACGAUUUAUGAGCAGCAGUAUGCUGUGGCUCUCUUCAACAGCGUGAGAUAUGAGCUUGAAGGUGGCGGGACCCCCCAGACACAACUAUUACACAGAAAGGACCCUCUGAAAAACAAGUCCAUUUUCUCUGGUGGCCUCUUUCAAUAUCUGGAGGAGAGCAAGAAAUGGAGGAGUCGUUUUUUGUACGUGGGCGACACCUACAACAUCGGCCUGUACGAGAGCAAGGCAGCACAUGAACGAGGUCUCCAAAGCAAAGGCAUCAUUAAGUGUGCCGGGUAUAGAGCCUUGACCUCUAUGGAGGAAUACUUGGGGCUCUUAAACAACAGCCCGAGUGAUGCAAAGGCCAAAGCCGGGACCGCCCCAUUCCUGAAGUGUCCCACACAGUAUCCCCUCAUCUUGUGGCAUCCGUACGCCCGCCAUCACUACUUCUGCGUCAUGACAGAGAAAGAACAGAAUAAGUGGCAUGCCGUCUUCCAGGAUUGUGUGAGACACACCAACAACGGACUGUCGGAAGAGUGCAAGGUCUCGACGCCAGCGUUCACCGACGCCCUUCGGCUAUACAGACAGGCCAAGGGUCACUAUGGUACCUGGGACAUGAUGUGUGGAAAUCCGCCACAGAUUCUUGCUAGCCUUGUGAUGGAGACCCUGCAUCCGGAGCUGCAGACUAUGAUCGUACCGCGUCUAAAAGGGAAACUACAGCAGAAACAGAGGGACUGGAUGCUGAUCUCAGAUGCAGUGUACAAACAGGUGCUGUCACAGACUCAAACUCGGUAUGACGCUCUGGUGCAGGCGUGUGAGGUGGAGCGCCCCCGCCUGGACGCUGCACUGCGCACCGACAUGGACCAAAUCAUCACAUCCAAAGAGCAUGUUACAGGAAAGAUCCGGGCUUUGGUGUUGCCCCGUGCUGAACAACUUUUGAGAAGCAACGUUCAGCCCUACAUCCACUCCAUUCUGGAGGCCCUCAUGGAGCCCACCAGCAGAGGAUUUUCUGAAGUGAGAGACAUCCUCUUCCGGGAGCUGGUGGACGUCACCAAGAACACAGUGAAUGACGGCAGCAAAGAGAAACUGGGAGAGCAAAUGGAGAAGAUUUCCAUGCUGGCCUUCCACCCUGUGAAAAUGCAGGGCUGUUAUGAGAAGAUGGAGAUGUUGAACCUGGAGGGGCUCCAACAAAGAUUCGACAUUUCCAGCCCGUCUGUGUUCAUCCAGAGAGCUCAGAUCCUUAUGAGACAGCAAAUGGACAAUGCAGUGCACACGUUUGAACAGCUGGUACGUCAGAGUGCAGAGGAACACAGUGGAGAAGAUCUGUGCAAGACCCUGCAACGCUCUCAGGACCGAGUGCUUAAAAAAUAUGACUAUGACAGCAGCUCGGUGAGAAAGAAGUUCUUUAGGGAGGCACUGCUACAGAUCAUCAUACCAUACAUGCUAAAACAACUCUCUCCAUCCUGUUCAGCGGAUUUGCCUAGAUUCAAAGAGCUCAUCUUUGAGGACUUCUCUAGAUUUAUACUAGUAGAGAACACCUUUGAGGAAGUGGUUCUCCAGUCUGUGACCAAAGAUAUCAUGAUGGCGGUAAAAGAGGCUGCAGUUCAGAGAAGACACAACCUGUACAGGGACAGCAUGGUUCUGACCAACAGUGACCCCAACCUGCAUCUGCUGGGAGACGACACCAUCGACUGGGCUGGGCAGUUUGGAGGGGUUAAAGGCGAGAGGCAGGGAGGUGAAGCGGGCAACAGGAGACGCAAACAGAUAGUCUCUAUGAUUCAUCUGGAAGGAAUGCCUCCACUGCCCUACGAGUCUUGUCUGGAAGUGCCAGGUGUUGAUAAUAUCCCUGAGGAGAACGAAGGACAUGAUGUGGCAGCAGAGAAGCCAGAAUCUCCAAAACCAGAACCGGAGGAACACGGGACCUUGAAAACAAACCCGGGGUCUCCUGACAGCAUAGACCAAAUCCGUCAUCUUAUCAACCCUGUGGAAGAGGUCGUCGUCCCUACUUCUGAAGAAGAUGGCUCACAGUUAACCAAUGGGGUGCUGCCUUUGGAGCAGGGUGAUGAUGUGCAGCAUAUCACCACGGUAACCGAAACGAUGCCAAGGCAGUCACCUACAAAAGGUUUAAGUGUGACCGAUGAAACAUCAGACCUGUCAGUGACGGGUCAGAGUUCAGACACCGACCUUUUAGAAGACCAGCAAACCAUUUCUGCCAUCGAGAGCGCCAUUCAACAGAUCGUGAACGCCGUUCAGGAAGAUUCUGAUGGAGAAUUCCCCCAAAUAUCUUCCAACUCCAGCCCAAAUCACCAUGAUGACAGUGGCUUUCAAUCUCCAGCCAAUGAGAACGUAGAGGAAGGAGAGCCUCAGCCAAUCACAGUGGACACAGAGCAGGUGAUGUUAACUAUGGUGGAGGGAGUGAAAAUGCCCGUUUGUUGAUUAAGCAUUUCUGACACGUGAAAAGAAAUGGAAAACCACAAAAUGCUUUGAGGGUGAUUCGCAAACCAAACAGAGCGGAAACAUGUUAUAAACUCAUCACAUUUGCAAAAACAUUUUCUUCUUUCUGUAACAUUUAUGAUCAUUUUAUUUUGUUUUGGGGAUGUUAUUUUUCAAUGCGUGUGUGUAUAUAUAUUGAAUAUUAUCAUUUAUACGUUAAGAUGAACUCUUGUGCCUUUGUAUUUUUAACUUGAGACUCCCACACUAAUUUUUAUUUGUGGCAGAUAUCGCAAUAUGAACUGUCAUCGGUUGUUUUUCUGCUCCUGUGCUUUUCAGCUACUGUACGUUUUAGCAUAAAUCUUCACAUUUGGUUACAGGUGAUAUAGCCAUAGCAUCCCUUUGCAAGGGGUUUAGUAUUAUUCAUGUUACUGUCAGGAGAUGCCUGCGCUAAUGCAGAUGUUUAAAUCUAAACUCCACCUUGUAGUCAUACGUACAGUAAAGUGGCUUUAUGCACUAGACAGGCUCUCUGAGUUGCAGAAAACUACAUUGAUAUUUUAUCCUGGCAAACUGCAACUUUACAUCAAAUUUUUGUUCUAUUCUGUGGCGCAUAUUUAAACACUAAUGUAUUAAUGCAGCAUAAUUGAGCACUUACAAAAUGAUUAUGCAAAUGCAUUUAUUAUAAUAAAUUAAAUAUUGCUUUUAAUGUUUGUUAUCACUUCAUCUGGUUUGAAAUACAGAAAAAACAAAAUUGUUUCAUUAGGAAGCAUACGACAGAAGUGUGUGUUUAGUGCUCACAGAUAUGACGUGACCCACAUUUACAGCAUGUUUGUGUGCGAUCGAGAGGAUGAAAAUAGUGCUACACGGCUACAGAUAGAGUUUGUUGAUAUUGAGGUCCGAGGAUUUGAGUUAUUACAGCUUUUAAUUGGUUUCAUUAUAAGCCUGAACAGUCAGCAGUACAGCUGAAACGCCUGCUUAAGGAACUCUGUAAUGGUUGAACAACAGGUCAGGUCAGCAAAACUGUGCUCUGUGAUUUUUGAAAAUUUAUUAUCUAUGUUGCCAUGUUUUAAACGCACAUUUCUGCAGAUUUAUCCAAACUUAUUUUAUCUCCAGACUGGUAAUAUCUUUUAUUUAUUUUAAGUGUGUUCAAUGUUAUAUUAUUUUCUAAAGCCUGUCAUUUCUUUGUUUGGCGGCAGUGGAUUAAUAAAUGACAAGUUAUUUUAAAAUGG